CACCCACCACCCACCACCCUUCUCACCCUUCUCACCCUGCUCAUCCUUCUUGUACCGCGCCUUGGUAUAUCUCCUACCACCAUUCCUCCUUGUACCGCGCCUUGGUAUCCCUCCUACUACCACUCCUCCUUGUCCGAGCGGAGAAGAGCAGGUAUAUUAUUGUUCUAUUCUGAUACUCUCGCGCCAUGUCGGAGAACAAUCCCUCCACUGGCAGUGGCCCGCCGCUCAAGGCGCCCACUGAGCCAAAGCACUUCCGUCCAUCGUCAGGCGGCGGUGGCCUAGCCAUGUCUCGACUUCGUCCUCACCCUAGGCGCAUGCACCAUCCACGAGCACAUCCAUACUACGCUGGCAACAAUCGCCAUAGCAGCAACCCCAUUGUUCGCAGCCCACUUCAGCAGUCCUUCCCAGCCUAUCCCAGCAGCGUGUCUGGCGAAGGAGAAGGCAAAGGAAACAACAACAUGGGCAAUAAGCCAGUGAUUCAAGUUCAAGGCCAGCAGACCCCGACCCCGUCCCGUCGGUCUCGACGAAACGAACAACAUGUCGGUCGCAAAGGUGGCGAGUCCCACCGAUCCGCAUCUGUCCCCAUCAUCGUCCGCACUCCCGACGAAGGAGAGUCGCAGUUUGAGACCGGUCCUGGCACUCAAUCGCAGCCUCGUACUCAACCCAACUCACGCGCCACUUCGCCAUUCCCUCUCCUUGGUGACGACGGUGACAACGGUCAUGGCGUGACCCACGGUCAGGGCGGCGGCAACCUCAGCCCCAAUCCACUCGAUCCAACCCGUCGAUCUGUCAAGCAUCUCACCUGCUUCUGGUGGUGGGAGAAAGGCGAAUGUCGCUUUACCGACGACGAAUGUCUCUACGCACAUUACGACACUGGUCACUACACCGGUGCGCCUCGUCAAGUCAUCCCAGGUGAACCAGCCAAGGCAGGAAGAUCUCUUGAACGAGCAUUGAACAAGCUUGCCAUUACCAACCGUGCAGAGGCUCAAGGUCAUGGUCACGGUCACGGACACGGACACAAUCAAGGUCACGCACGCAUCCCAAGCGGCGCAGCUUCUCGAAUGGAGACUCCCAUCCAUGUCAGCGGCGGUAGCGGGUCGAGCCCAUCGUCUUUCCUCGAGAUAGGCCAGGCCCAACAACUCCAAGCGCAAGCUCUGGCUCAGGCACAAGCACAAGUUGAACAUGCCGUCAUCCAGCCUCUCCAAGCUGACAACGACUUCCUCCGCAACCUGAUUCAUUCGUCGCAGCGUGAAAAGCAAGCAUUCGUCGACACCAUUGAGUCUUACCAGAAUGAGAAGAUGCAGCUCCUGGCACGUCUCGAUGCCUUGACCAAGGAGCGCGAAGCUUUCUUGUUUGAGAGAGAUGUUCUGCAAGCUACUAUUCGGAAGCUGCAGUUCCAAGGCACCGCAAAUACUAAUCUCAAUCCCAGUGGUAAUUCCAACACCAAACUUUCCGUUCCCAAGCGUUCUCCGACCAUUAUUGUCCCUGCUGGCUACGAAGGAGCAGCAGCAACUGGUAGAACUCAAAACCAGAACCAGGGCCAGAACCCCUACGGCCCCAUUGGAAGUCGUCGACCAAGUCCCCGCAUGGGCGAUGGCACACCUGUGACUAGUUCUUCUUCUUCUCAGCAACGAAUUGCCAGUGACGGAUCGAGCCAGGCGUCUCUUCAGGGAUACAACAACACCGGUGGCGGCACCACUGGCACAGUCAGCAACAACGGUUACAACGGUUACAACGCCUACGCUAACAACCCCAACCCUGGAUUUCGCGGCUGGGCCAGCACCGGCUACGGCUAUAGCAACAGCAACCAUAGCGCCAGCAGCAGCUUUGUCGUUGUUGGCAGCAACAAUUCCAACAACACUCCUGACAAUAACGUUUAUCCUGCGCUUUCAGGAACAGGAGCCGUGCCAAUUGCAUCUCCCAAUGCAGCUGCCAACUCCCGCGCCAUGUGGGGUCCUUACGCCAACACUGUUUCCACUGCAAAUGCCAACAAUGCAAAUGCCAAACUUCCGAAUCCUAUUGGCCACGAGCGAAAGUUGUCUGCACAGCUGAAGCAGGCUCAGCAGGCACAGCAGAAGCUAGACAAAGGAAAAGGAAAAGAAAGAGAGAAAGAGGACACUGACGCUGACGAUGAUGACGGCAUUCCAAAGUCGUUCAACUUUGGGGAUGAACUUGAGAAUGAGAAGUUGGGGAGUAUGAUGAGAUGCCUUGGUUCGGGUCUCUGAGUUGAGGCUCUGAGACUGCUGCUGUGCCAAUUGCCAUGACAACACAACUGCAUUGGUACAUGAUUCUGGCGUACAGAUGCAGGAAGUAAGCAAAAUUGGCAGUUGGCAGAGCAGGGACAGGAAACAGAUUGGGCAGGGCAUGGUUGGCUAGUUGUUGCACAGUGAUUGGCCGUCCAUCACGCUCUUCUGGUCCUUUGUUCUUCGCCGCAGUACAGAGCAGCAGAGAAGCCUGGGUAAUGGAUGGUGCUUGUUUUGUUUGCGUGUUCAUCUUGUCUUUGCGCGUUGCAUUUGUGAUGUGAUGUCUUGUCUACAGUCUGGCAAGACAAGAAGAAUGAGAAGGUGGACCGUCAUGGUUAACUCGCGGCAGAUGCUCUCUCCAAGUCUGUUCUUUAUCAAGCACAGACUGCCCUGCCAGACAGACUUGACUUCGCAUCACAAAAAAGUUCAUAGUACUAAUAAUGAAAAAAAAGUUGCACAUGGAAAAA